CAGAUCUCUAUGUGAUCAGUGAAGAUGUUCCAGAUGAAGAUGCUGGAAUGGGCCAUAUUCCUGGGCUUGCAGUCUGCAUAUGCAGAUGUUGGGGACAAGGGGUCAGAAGAAUCGGAUAGUUUUUUGCCACAAUGGUCUUCCCCACUGUGCCAAAUCUGGUGACAACGUCAGAACCUAAUCCGGAUCAUCAAUCCACCAUCUGUAGCACCUGGGGAAAUUUUCACUUCAGGACCUGUGAUGGUCAUUUCUAUCAAAUGGCUGACACAUGUAACCACAUUCUGGCUGGGAUGUGUGACACACAUGUCUCAGAUUUUAACAUCCAAAUGCAAAGAACGAUUGUGAAUGGCUCGGUUACUUUCACCUCAGUCAAAUUAGAGCUGGAGGGGACGUCCAUCAAAUUUAGUCAAGGCAACAUCUUCAUGGACGACCAAGUGGUAUCUAUUCCCAUGAAUCAGAAUGGAAUUAAAAUCGAGGGAAGCUCAUCGAGUGUUAAGAUCUCCAAAUAUGGAGUGACUGUUGAAGGAGAUCACUCUAUGGUGAUCCAGAGACAUGGAAGGUGUCCAUAUCAGCUGAACCCUGUGAAGAAGUUCCACUUCCCCCUAGCGAUCAGUGUGAAAACCAGUAUCUGAACAAUUCAGGGUUUGAAGACACCAUCUGAUGGACCUGAGUUCAUUUGAGAAAGUUUGGGCAGACGACCUUUGUCAAUGUCCUGGCAACCAAGACUGUGUCUGCAACACGCUUACAGAAAUAUCACGACAGUGCACGCAUGCUUGUGGCAGGCCGGGAAUGUGGAGAACAGACAAACAAAGACAUGUCCACUAAACAUGGUAUACAUGGAGUGUGCUGGCUCAUGCAAAAACACCUGUUCGGCCCCAAAUGGAACCCUGCUGUGUACAGAUCACUGUACAGAUGGCUGUUUCUGUCCUGGGGGAACUGUGAAAGACAACAUUGGUAAUGUGGUUGCGUUCCUACAAACAAAUGCUCAUGUUUGCACGACGGCACAAUAUACCAUACUGAAGAAUCACAAGAACAGGCGUGUAAACAAUUAUCUGGAAUGUCCUGGAAUCUGCUCUGUUGUGGGAGGCUCUCACAUCACCACCUAAGAUGGAAAAACCUUCAGCUUUAAUGGCAACUGUGACUACAUCCUCACUAAGGUGAGCACAGUAACUGUGUUCGAGUGAGGAAUACGACCCAAAUACUUGUUAAUGGCUGCACCUCCAUUGGGCCUAUAGAAGUGACUUCCUGCAGUGGUGACUGUGACACCCAGUCAAUGUAUUCAAUGGAGGCUAACAAAAUGAUGCACAGCUGCUCUUGUUGCCGAGAGAGUAAAAUCAGCACUUAAACAAGUGAAGCUGAAGUGUCCCGAUAACAGUGAGAUCACGUACAGCUACGGCUACACUGAAAGCUGUGAAUGCACACCAACAAAGUGCAUAGACUAGAAUACUUCUCGCAUAAAAUGUCUUUCAGUUUUUGCCUUGAUUACUGUUGAUUUAAACAUUAUCUGUUGAAUAAGAAAGCUAUUAAAAUAAUGUAAGCGAUUGUAGAGCAUAAUUCACAAACAUUACUUUAAUAGGGUGCUAACUUAAGGAAAUUUUGGGAACUAUAUUUUUCUGCUUUAUUCUCUGCUUUAGUUUAAUAAUAUAAAUUAAAUGCCAAAAUGAAUGAUGAAUCCAAUAAAGCAAAA